CGCGCGCAUCCCGCGGCAGGUCUGGAAGUGCAAAAGAGGGAGACGGGGAAACACUGCUGGAGCGGGGAAUGAUGGCGGUGAGCAAGAAGGAACAAGUUUGAUACUGUAAAAACCGGAAUUCUGAGCCGUAUUCCGGAGUCUAACUCGAUGAGGAGACUUGAUGACUCCGCUUGGAUUGAGAGAACAGUGCUCCAGAAAAACCCCUCCGCUGGACCCAUGGCACCGGUCUCAUAAAGCCUUGCAGUAGUUCUUCCUCAAAAGUUGAUUUUUAUAUAAUCGUGCCUCAGCCAUAAACAAGAUGAUCAAAGCAGAGAGCAAAGGAGCAGAGAGAUCCCUGAGAAGUGCCUCCCCUCACAGAAAUGCAUACAAGUCAGACUUCCACGCCAUUAAGUGCUCAUUUGAUGGGCCAAAAUCCGAGGAUGCCUCCAAAACGGUUACAAAUGGAUCUUGUGACAACCGGGAGGAGGCGAGGGGAAGGCCUUUUGGAACCAGAGUUAACAAGAUAAAGAACAUUUUCCUUCAAAUGGAUGGACAGCAACUUGAAUCUCAAGAAAGCAAACAAAUUUUAAAGCCUGACGUUCCCCAGACGUCUCCUACGAAGGUCCAGUUUCCAGUCAGCUCACACAAAGUUAGCUUCAACAGUACCUCAAGCCCAGAAUCUAACAGUUUAGAUAAAACACCCAAGGGAGAAGAUGCUGAGAUUGACAAAGUGGCUUUGGCAGAGAAGUUUUCUGUGACCAGAAAAAUCUUUGAAAGGGGCAUCAAAGACCAGGCUGUGGCUGAAAAACAGUCUCCAAACAGAGUAGUGAACCGGUUGUCCUUGGGAAGUGUCUCAGAUGAAGGCAAAAGUGCAAGGAGACUGUCAGGAUCAUCAGAGGCUGUCGGUAAAUUAGAGCAAAUUCAUGUCUCAGCAGCCAAAAGUCAUCCAGAUGAGCUGAUUGAUGGUGAAAAAAAGCAUGUGUCUAAAGUGUCACUGAGUGCAGGACCUAUAUCAAAGAGGUUGGAAAAUUAUAUAGGUGAGAAUGACACAGAAGGCGAGAACACAUCUGGGAAAGGAGGAACGGUGUCUUCUAAACAACACAGUACUACUCAACACAUACAGCCUACCUCUCCAACAAGAAACAGCUUACACAAACCUACUUCUCCUGUCAGGGAAGCUGCCGAUUCUAUAAAUGGUGUUAGCAACAAAAAUAAAGACAAAACGUCACAUUCUGGACUUAAGCCAACUUUUCCGGCUACCAGUCCGACAUGCAAAUCAUUUUCUACAACUGAUUCUGCUCAGAAACUCAAUUCUCCAGAGGAGACAGCCUCUGUUAGUCAUGGCUACAAGUUCAACUCUUUGUCUGGUGAUAAAUUUAGUAGGACAUCUGUUGGUGGGGAUGGAGCCAAGCCACAGAGUCCUCCCCCAACAGAUGAGAAACAGCCUUUGCUGUUGAGUGGCGGACUUCAGAAGACUGACACUGUCAAGUACAACGACAAAGCCAGGAGUAAAGAUGGCACGACCCUUGGCUCUACAGGAAACAAACCAACUAGCCAGAUUUCAUCCCCUGAAUCCAGAGGGGGAGGCAUGGUGCGGGCUGAACUGGUUGUGGUUCAGAAUGAGUCCUCAGAAAGUGAGGAGAACGAGGAGGUGAAUAUUGAAGACAUUUCAUUUGAAGAGCGACGUGGCAAAGACAGAAAAAGAAGCUUUCCAGUUGAAAAACAAAGCCUUGUGACACGAGAGGCCACAAUAGAAGCACAGAGGGGUGCAGACAUCAUAGACGAGGGCCGAGUCCUGGAGGAUGACGAGGAAUUUGGUCUUGAUGAUAACAAGGAGGACAACAGUUUUAUUGUGAAUCGGGAUGGCGAAGAAACUUAUGGUGACGAGGAUGAGGCAGUAGAGGAGGAAGGUGCACUAGAGAAGCAGGUGGAUAGAUCCCCUCCAGUAGUGUAUGGGAUUGAGAAUGCAGCGUUUGUGGAUGACAGAGAUAUAGACCAAGUCAUUGGGGAAGAGGAAGAGGAGGAGGACCAAAACUAUGGGGAAUGUGAUGACUGUUACGAGGCUCCUGGCCUCUCGGAUGAAGAUGAACCUCCCCCAAAGAGGAAAAUCAAGUUUUCCACAGAUCCUAUCUUGGUCUUCAGUACCUUCUCCAACGAGGAUUAUGAUCGACGAAACGAUGACGUUGACCCAGUCGCCGCGUCUGCUGAGUAUGAGCUUGAGAAGAGGGUGGAGAAGAUGGAUGUGUUUCCUGUGGAAAUUGAAAAAGGAGACAAUGGGCUCGGUAUCAGUAUCAUCGGAAUGGGAGUGGGAGCCGACCAGGGUUUGGAAAAACUUGGCAUUUUUGUGAAAACAAUAACAGAAAACGGAGCUGCUGAGAAGGACGGCCGGAUCCAGGUGAAUGACCAGAUAGUAGAAGUGGAUGGUGUCAGCCUGGUGGGAGUAACCCAGCUGUUUGCUGCAACAGUCCUAAAGAACACUAAAGGCUCUGUGAGGUUCCUGGUUGGUCGGGAGAAGCCAGGAACCCAGAGCGAGGUUGCACGCCUCAUAAGUGAGACCCUGGAGCAGGAGAAGAACCAACAUCAGCAUCACCUGGAUGACCUUUAUGAACACUCGACAGAGGAGGAAGAGAGGUACGAGGAGGAAGAGGACAUGGAAGAAAUAAUUCUGGGGUCGAACUUCUCUCCGGGUCGGAACAUUGAGGUGUUUGAGCUUCCUGAAUCCGAGACUUUGUUCAUGCCAGCCAACAUGGACAGCUCUCAGAUGGUCUUCAAGUUCAAAGAGCUGCAGCUCAAGCAUGGAGUAGCUGUAGCUGAGAUAAAUAAGCUAAAGGAAAAGCUGAGGAAAUCUGAGGAGGACAAAUCAUCCUGGGAUGUUAGGGAAUCUGCACUGGAGCAGAAAAUAGAGGAUAGCAACGAGAAAAUCCUGAAGCUGGAGAAUUACUGGCUGGAAGCCCAGACUGUGUGUAAGACUGUGAAUGAGCAGUUAGCAGAGACUCAGGCUCAGUACGAAGCGCUGGACAAAAAGUACAACAAGGCCAAGAAGCUGAUCAAGGACCACCAACAAAAAGAAAUAGAUUUUGUAAAGAAGGAGGAAGAACUAAAAAAGCUUCUAGAUGAAAAGGAGAAAUGGUGUAAGGAGCAGCUGGAGAGUUUACAGACGAGGAUUGCUGUCCUGGAGUCCAGAGGUGCCUCAGCCCCAGAAUAUCAGAGCGGUCAGGAUUCAGCCGCUGAAAGCAGCCGAGACUCUCUCACCAACACACACUCCGUUGACUCCCUGAUAGAGCAAGACUGGAAUGAGGCGGUUCCAGAAACUGUGCGGUUGGACACGAGUGCUCAGAAAGCAAAAUGUCUGUUGGCUCAGAAGUCCAAACGUCAGCCAUCCAGGAACAAGCUAAAGGAGAACUUUGCUGCUCAUUCUAGUCACUCUCAGGAAACUGAAGAUGAGGACGAGCAGGAGCAGCAGGAGUCUACCAGGAAGCGGAGGUCUAUCCAGGAGAGUUUGGCCCUGCCCAUUCCUGUCUGCUAUCCCGGAAACGAACAGCCAGACGAUCCGCUCGAGAGUAGAGAUGCUUCCAAAACUAAAUCUGAGCUUUCCAGCAGCCCGUCUUUGUCACCUUCACAAGGGGACAGUGCUGAAAGUUGUGGAAGUCCUCAUUUUUCUCCUCCAAAACACUCUUCCUCCCCACAGUCUCCCUCUGGUUUCAUGCAUAAUGUAAAGAAGAAGGAGCCAAAAGCCAAGGGGAAAGAGCUCAAAGAGGAGCUAAGUGAGGUUUCUCCUGCUGCGAAGCCUAAAAGACGAUUUCCAGACUUUGGCGGCCUCCGAAAGUCAGGCGGUAAAGGAAAAAAGCACGACAAAGAGGCAACGAGAGCAUCUUUGGGCAGCAGGGGGUCUUCAGAGUUGCUAGAAGAAUCUGGAGGAAACCUGUCUCCGGCAGAGUCAAUGACCUCCAUCCCUACCUGUAUGCCGUUCUCCUGGUUUGGAGACAAAGACAGGGAGCCGUCCUCCAGCAGCAGCAGCCUACCAUAUACUGCAAACGAGACCAGCAGCGAGCAAAGCCAGGAUCGCAAAAAUAAGACAAAUCUCUCCUGGUCUUCUUUAUUCAGUCGCUCAUUAGAUUUGAGUUUUUCAGUCAUAGAUGAUUCUAACGCUGCCAGUCCCAGUUCAGACAUCUCUGGGUUAGUCGCUGAACCCAAUCUGUCUGGGCGCUCUCACACUUUAAUCUUCUCUUCCAGCGAGACGUUGGAUGAUGAGCCAGUGGCUGCAGGAAAAGAGUAUCAGUGGCAGAACCGGCCAGUUUCUGAGUGGACCAAUCAGCAGGUCUGUCACUGGUUGAUGGGCAUGAACAUGGACCAGUACACACCAGAGUUCACAGCUAAAGGAAUCGACGGCCAGCAGCUCCUGAACUUGGACAGCGACAAGCUGAAGACACUUGGUGUUUUGAGUCAAAGCGAUCGUUCCACUAUCAAGAAGAAGCUGAAGGACAUGCGUAAGGCUCAAGAGAAGCUGGAGAAACAAAGAGAGAAACGAGAGAAGGAAGGGCGACGCAGCGCCAAGCUGCCGCUCUCUAACGACUCGGUCUGCUGAGGUUGCUGAAUCAAACAUCUUUAUUUGUAUUAAUUUGUCAGGACUUCCUGUGUGAAGUUUUUUCCCUGUGCAGCUUUUUGUCAUCCUUCCAGUUGGUUGCAAUGUAAACAAACAUAUCCUAUCAGUGACCGACGUCUCCUUCUGCUGACUGAGGGAGCAGCUAGUUAUGAUUUAUGUUCAUCCGUUAAUGUCUGAGUUUAAACUUUUGCUCUCACCUGCAUCAACGUCACCUUCCACUUUUUAACUAAACGAUGGAGAAUGUCAAACUUGGUUUGUGACCAAAAUGGAUGUUCGAACAUUUUUACCACUGAAAAGCUACAAGCUUUGAUGAAAAACAUGUAUUCAAAAUGUAAAAUUGUUUUUUUGCAGAUCAUACAUAGAAGUAAAACGUAUACAGCUCUUUUUUAGACGUUUGCAGAAAUUAUUGGCAGGAACAGUUGUUGUACAGACACAAGCACUAUUUGUCUUUUAAUUUUUGAGGGGCCACAAAGUUUUAAAUGUAUAAAUGAGUUUUAUACAUGUGCCUGUUAACUGCAUUUUCUUGUUUGUUUACUUAAAAUCUAUUGUUUUAUAUCUAAAUUUUCUACUAAGUAGAAUAGUGUGGCUGGUAGGGAUGAGGUGAGCUGCUGCGUCCGACCCAGACUCCAUCACGGAGGUGGAACCACGAUGCACGGCGUUGACGCAUCACGGGACUUUACGGCAGAAGGAUGAGCCAAUCACGAGGACUCGUUUGAGUCUGGAGCUGCUGAGGCCCAGCAGUGAAAACUCAACUCACACUCUUCCUCGGAAUGGCUACAUCGUCUGAACAGAAUAUGAAAUGUUGGACCGCAAGAAAACUCUUAAAAUCAGAAGUGAUUCUUGGUACACAGUGUAAAAAAAAUAAAUCUCAUUUUCACUUGUG